UUGAGUCUGGAGGAAUGACACUCGACUGCUGGAUUUCACCACUUAUAGUCACUUAUCAAAAUGUCACAUUUCUAUGCUGUGGCUCUUUUGGCAUUUACUGCAGGAUGGUGUCUGUGUGCAGCUGAUGUUGGGGAUUUCACUUCAUGUCUGCAGUUCUUCUACAGGUCUUGGCCUCCUAAAGGUUUGGCAGGGACCCCAAUCUGCCAGCGUUAUUUCAACCAGUAUCGCUUUGCCACGUUGUACAGUCGACCACGCCGCUCUCCGUGGUUCUCAGCUUAUGUGUAUGGUGCACCAGAAGGAAAGAGGCCUAAAGCAUCAUGGAAGUUUGAGCCACAGUUAACUUACCCAGGAGCUGAUGGCAACAUGAUCCCCUUCCCUCCGGGCCCUCUGGACCAGAACGUGGUAGAAAGCCAGGCGGUGGACCCAGACUACAUUAAUUCUACCUUCUCUCGUGGCCACUUGAACCCCAGUCUUCACCAUCACACCCGUGAGGACCGCUAUUCCACCUUCACCCUCACAAAUGUGGUUCCUCAGAAGGCAGGGUCUAAUGACGGGCCUUGGGAAAACCUGGAGCAGUAUGUCAACAAAACCUUAGAGGACUAUUGUCUUGGAAAGGCUUACAUAGUGACCGGCAUCAUCCCUUACAAGGAAGACGAUCACUGGCUCAAAAAUCAUCGUGUGGCUGUGCCUGAGUACCUUUGGUCAGCUUACUGCUGCCCAAACUACAACAACAGUCUUCCAGAACGACUGAAGGAUGCCUUUCCCACAUAUGCAGCAAUCGGCCGCAACGACCGCAACAGCACUGAGGAGAUUGUGCCUGUUAGCCAGGCCGCGAAGAAACAGUUUAGGGGAUAUGAUGUGAGGAAAAUGCCACUGGCAACACUUGAGAUGUAUCUGAAGGACAGGUUCAACACUGUUGUCAGUGUUUUUUAUGAGCAGUGCUCAUCGGACUGAUCCUUCACACGUGUUUUGUCACAGUUGUUAAAUGGUGUUAAUGCUAAUUUCAUUUGAUUCAGUCUAAAUAAAAGUACGAUGUAGCUUUUCAGUAAGUCUCAAAAUUAAACCAAACAACAAAAUAAACGUAAUUUCUAAUUGCCUUCCAAACAACAACAUUGCUCGUCUGUGCUUUACAAAACACAGGCACAAGCAGUUUUCGGCUCUAACAUGUACAGAUGUAUACGAGAAGUUGACAUUUUGAGUAAAGAAAAAUUUGGAGGGGGUAAUAAAUCCACAGGACUGUUUAAGACAGAGGCUGAACUGAGGAUGUGCAGAAAAGGCCAGAAUAAGAUAAAUAAGGAGUUUUUUUUUUUUAAUUGUAAAGCAAAGAUAUUCCAGUAGAGCCCCAGAAUGAAAAUAUAGGCCUGGAUAAGUGCACGAUAUGUCCCUGUUAAGACUGAGAAAGAUUGUGGUUGUGAUUAAAAGAACAGACAAUGACCUCAUCAGAGGAAACAGGUGCACUUCUACUGUGCUAACUUCCUGUUGGAAGUUCUGUCUUCAAAAAAAGUUCAACAAUGUGUUUCCUCAAAACGAAGUUUGAAAAAAGGCGGUACUCCAGUGGUAAAAGAAAGCAAAAGAUUCAGCACAUACGCUUAUUGUUGUUGUGAAUUUAACAUAACUGACUUCAUUGAUCAAGGCAUGAGAUUAUUCUUUCCUAACUCUGGGUAGGAGAUCGAAUGUAAACUGUGGCCUCCUUUGUCAAAGUCACGCAUUUUGUUGCCACAGCUUUCCACACAAACCUUUUCUUCCUACUUUACUUUGCACCUGACAGCAACAGUCACAAUGAACAUGGUCACUGUAUGUUCAUGUCAUGUAUAGCUGGCUUAAAAGGAAUAGUUUGACAUUUUGGGGAGAGUUAUAUUUCAUCUUUGUAUGUAAAUAAGAUG